AUGAAAAGGACCAAGUCCACAGAGCGUGCGGCUCGUAUCAGUGACCUUGAGUUGAGACACCAAGACAAUGUCCAUCAGAUUGACCUCACAGGCCGUGAUGAGGAAGCUCGUCUCCUAAAGCUGCGACUCUUGACGCUUCGCGAUGAAAAUUCGUCCCUGAAGGAUCGGCUGGUCCAACGAGAUGCCCUCGUGAAGCAGAUCACGAAAAAGGGAAAAGAUGCGCAUGCCGAGCUUGCCGAGGCGAAGGAGAAGCUGAAAGCCCAAGAAAUGCAGCUCAGAAAACAAGGCAACGAGCUGGAAGGCCUCAAGGUAGGACAAGACUCAAACAAGGUCUUGCAGGAGAAACUCGCCCUCAGCCAUAAGCUUGACCAGAUCCAGCCUGAGCUUGAACAUCUCAAGACGCAACUCGAAAACCAUCGCGCCGUCGUCGCCCAGAAGCAGGAUCUCGAGCGUCAGCUUAGUUCGAUCGAGGUUGAACUCGAAAAUGAGAAGAGAUCAAAAAAACGCAUGCAAUCCAAGAAUCAUGACAAUGAUCAAGUGAAGGAACAAUUGGAUGAAGCGAAGAGAGAAUUGGAGAAGCUUAAGAAAGAACACACCAGAGAGCUACGGGAAGUUCGCGGUGAAUGUGACAUGCUCGAAGGCCGCGUGGAGGAUACAAGGAGCAAACUGAAGAAGACACAGGGAGACCUCAAGGACACACGAGCCGAGCUCGCGUCUUGUCGCGCUGAACUGGAGGAAGCUCGUAAGGCUCUGGCGACUAACAAGUCAAGCAAGAAAAGUGUCACUAUGAAGGAACAUCCCAUUGGAAAGAAGAGAGCCCAGGACCUGAGCAUGGAAGACAUCAGCAUCGGAACCCCGGGCCCAGAUGAGGCAACCUUGAGACGGCCUUCCAAGAAACGAGGUGCUGAGCGCGCCUUGGUAGGAGAGAAGUCGACGUUCUCCAUCACGCCCUUUUUGAACCGUACCAAGAAUCUCUCGGAUAACAUGUCAGAUGAGCUAAGCGAACUUCACUCACCUACUGGAAAGUCUACAGGCGCCUCAGAACCUGUUGUCUUUGAAGAUGUUGCACCAGAAGCUGGUGAUUCUAUGUCUAUGGAACCCGUAGAGGAAGCUGCAGAGCCAGAUCAUCAAGCUGAGGAUGAUGCUGUCGCCGAGGAAGAGGAGCAGCCAAAGGCACAGAAGGCCCGAGGCAGACCAAGGAAAGCCCUGGACGAUGCACCAACAACGAAGAAGAACAUGCCUGUCCAGGCAAAGAGAAAGGCCAAGGCAGCCAAGGCUUCUAGUAGAGUCGAGAUGAUAGCCGAAGUUGACGAGGCUGACGAACCGGAAACUGAACCUAUCGAGAAGCCCAAGAAGGUGCCGGGACUGCUGAAGUCUAACCCUGCUACGGCGUCGUUGAGAAUUGGAAAUGAUGAUGCAGAUACACGCAAGAAGAAGCGAAAAAUGCUUGGUGGUGGCAACAAGACUCUGUUCGACGAUGAGGAGGCGGAACCAGCUCCCAGACCAGCAAAGAUUCAGAUGGGGGCUGGACGUAGGCUCAAGGCACCACUGGGAAAUGUUCGUGGUGCAUUCGGUGGAGCAACAUUCUCGCCGUUGAAGAAGGACAGGCGAGGAGUUAGCCGAGUUUCUCACACCUUAAUAGCCACGAAGAGUUUUAUCACCAAGAACGUUUACUUCAACUCGUCAAAUUUGAUGAACAUCCGACUGCCUUCGACGUUCCCAAGCCUGGGCUGGAAGCUCAGCCCAUGCUUGCUUCAUUCACGACCAGUAGCUGAAUCGAUCCGAUGGUCCUCAUCGGGGUCUCGUUGGAAACAACGACAAGGCCGUGACGCAUAUGCACGAGGUGCGAAGGUUCAAGGGCUCAAAAGCCGAGCAGCUUUCAAGCUCCUAGAAAUGGAUUCUAAGUACAAGCUGUUUAAAGGCAAUGGGCAGACAGUGGUUGACCUGGGAUAUGCACCAGGCAGUUGGUCACAGGUUGCCGUGGAAAGGACGAGGCCGAAUGGCCGGGUCAUCGGUAUCGACCUCAUCCCAGCCCAACCGCCUCGUGGUGUAGCUACCUUUCAGGGCGAUUUUCUCUCACCAGUUGUCCAGGAGAUGGUCAAAAAUUUCAUUCUUGAAAGUCACCAGAACCCACCUGUUGGUCAGGAAAUUGAGAAAACCGGCUCUGGCACGAAAGAAGGCAUCACGGUCGACCGGCCUAGCUAUCUCGACAUGGAACGACACACGGGGCAAAACGAGCCACCAGCAUCUGGUCCAGAAGGAUCAAGCAAGCGCAUCGUCGAUGUUGUUUUGAGUGACAUGUCAGCACCCUGGGAGCAAACCACCGGCUUUAGCGUGAAGACAUUGAGUAAUCCCUAUCAUAGGUUGAUGAACACGAGCGGAAACGGCUUCCGUGACCAUGUGGGCAGUAUGGACCUUUGCGCUGCUGCUCUCCAAUUUGCUAGCGACACUCUUCGAUCUGGGGGACAUUUCGUCUGCAAAUUCUACCAGGGACCUGAGGAUAAGGAGUUCGAGAAAAAGUUGAAAACUCUUUUCACGAAAGUUUUCAGAGAGAAGCCUGAUUCUUCAAGAAAGGUACUUCCCGAAGUCAAAUCGUGA